AUGGGCGCAUCUUCUGCCUCACUGUUCCUGGAGCUGCUGAAACGGGUUCCACAGCAGCCAUCGCAUCAGCAGCAGAACAGCCUUCCUUCGGUCACGUACACGGCACCAGUCUUCCCGAAUCCGGCCGCAGAGAACUCCAGUUCACAAGCCGGCGAAGAGCCUGUGCUGGUAUGGAUGCCAUACCAGCACAACGCCCUGACGAGCCUCGUCCUCUACGGUGUGCUGGCUGUCCUCGGCACCACGCUCAACAUAUUCCAGAUUUCAUCGCUCUUCAUCCAGGAGAACUUGAGGCGAAAAGGCAAUGUGCUGCUCGCGAACCUUGCCCUCGCCAACCUGCUCGUGUCGUCUGUCGGCUUCCCGGUCACCAUCGUGGCUAUUCUGGCCGGCAGCCAGGGUAGCUUAAUCACCUGUCGCUGGCAGUGGUACCCCGCGCUGUUGGGCUUCUACACCACUGUGUUCACCUUCCUGUUCAUCGCGGCCGAAAAUUACGUGCGCAGUUGUCGCCAGGACCGGGACGUCUACUCGUCCGUGUGCGGCGCAAAGCUGGUCGUCUUCCUGAUGAUGGCAGCCUGGACGAUCGCAAUCUCGCUGGUUCUCGUCGUCACCCUGGUCACGGGUGGCCUGGAUGUCUGCGAACGAGACAUGCGCGAAAGUAAAAUGUUCGUGGCGCUGUGCGUGCCUUUCGCGCUCACCGCCGCGGUGUUCGCCAAGGCUAUGCACGAGCAACGGGACUAUACGUACAAUCUGGAGCUGCGAAACUGCCUGGCCACUCGCGAGGAGAUACUUCAGCGAACCCUUCUGCGUACCAAUGCCAUUGCGUACGCUCUGUUCCUUCUUUUGUGGCUUCCUUUCCUGCUGACGGUCAUCAUCAGCCCGUCUAUGAGGAGCUCCAGUCCAGGCACCUCUGCUGUCGAGACGCUUUUCUUCACCGCCCAAUGCUUUAGCUGUAUUUGCGGAUGCGUGUACGCAUUCACGCACGACGCGUUCCGUCAGGGCUUUCUCUAUUUGGUCCACUACUUCUGCUGCAAGAGCCACCCCGAGUUCAGCAAACCACCAAUCGGUGACGACAAGGCAACCAGCUCGAUCAGGGUGCACGUGGGCAUGGAUUCUCGCGUCGGGGAGCGCAGGCAUCGCUACGGCAAGGCUGCAACCAUGGGCCUACUCAGUUUUGCUGGAGCAGACACCUGCAGGACUCGCGUAGAGGAGGACUUUCUCUGACGCGCAUGUCCGCUGCUGCCCCAUGACCCGUAUUAGGGCGGCCUUUCCUGGCUCAAACAGCGACUCGUGGCGUGUCACUUGGGUGCUCGAUGUGUGUCACUCAGUUUCAGGGAACAAUCUCGUUCCGACUUCCGGUCUGGUGCCGGUUCGUGCUUUUCUCCUUCGGGCCACCCCUCGUCUGCGGACCCCCAGCCACCUUGUGUGCCCAUUAAAUCCCAGAACAUUCCAUCGACGGGCAGCAUGCCCGGGCCAUUCGGCACGAGGUUAUAGGGCUUGCCUGGCAACGCCAGUAGGCUCAUGCAUGCUAGAUCACUGCGCGUCCAUUGAUUCCCGGGCCGCCUUUAUAUGCUGCGGGGGCCCGAGGUUCAGUCGACACUCGCUGCUGGCACCGGCGUGAAGAGGCUGGCUGCAGACUGGAAGACAGAAAGCGAGCGAUUCUUGAAGAAUGAUCGACUCGGGCCACGAGUUUCGCCUUCUGGCGCCACGUGCCUGUUGUUAGGGGCUGAAUGAGUGCGUCAACCCACAAUGCGCCUUCGCGAUGUGCCGCGAGAAAUGCACAACGAAGCUCGACGCAGAGCACUCGAGCAUUCUAGCGAUAGAGGGAGCAAUUUACGCUUGCAAUAGUGAGAGUUGUUGAGAGGCAGCGAGCCAAAUAAAAAGCAGUACUCAGCUAUCGAAUGAACAGUUCGCGGUUUUUUUAUCGGUGGUGUAAGGGAACAGCCACACUUCCAUAACACUUUAAUAACAGAUGAUUUAUGCUCCUUACAGGCAGCAUUAGCAAUAUUGCACAGAGUAUGCACGUGAUUUAUCUCGGCGAAAUACUCGUUGGAAGAGCUGGUAGAUUACAUAAAAAAUCUAAACAAGCCUUUUAAAUUCUUGAGGAGCUGUAGGCGUAAUGGAGUUCAGAUGGUCAAAUAGUAUUGGCUCUAACGUGAUCACUUUUUUUCGGAAUUGAUUGCUCUCCUUUCAAUAAAACAACAACUAAUUGCUAGGCAAAUGCAAUGGUAAUGUAGGAUAGGAUGGGCGAUAGCUUCUGAUGCAGUUAGGCAGCCUAAAUGAAUUUUUUUUUUUACUGUGGCUCAUGUUUCACCACCACUUUGUUAAAUUCACGUGUUAAUUAUAGCCUUACGGAGCUUUUCGCAUGCCAGAGGGCAUGACAGCCUGCGAAGAAGCAAAAUGUGAACUAGCGUUGAGGAAAGUUGGUUUGUGUCUGUGCCAGCAAGACUCAAAGAGGGAAAAAGAAAAAGAAAGCUGACCAGUGAGUUACAAGCUUGCCAGUGUGCUUGAGACUGUGUAGGGCAAUAUUCGCUACUACCAAAUAAGAAUAUUGCGCUCGGCCUUCCUCGAAAUGGCUUGUCGUUGGGACUUCACGUGCAAACACAGUGAUUCUCCCACAGCUUAUAAUGGCUAGAAAGUGAUGGCAGCUGUUCAUCUUCUAAUGCGCUAAUUGAAAUUGAGUACGGCUGCUAACACGGGAGAACGUACUAGUAUUCACUUUCACUCAGCGCAUUACAAGAUGAAUGAACGCAAACUAGCCCAAUUCCUCGCUUUUCUCGAUGGCAAGUGGCUGUCCACAGGCCUGAUUGAACGAGAAAUGACUGCGAUGCUAUCAUUCUGUCUGAAAAAAGGAGAAAAAGCUGUGUUCUUACGUGGUUAAUCACUUCCUGCACUCGAACAAGUUCUCCGGGAACUCUUAACAAUGGGAUUUCGCGGCCGAAAUUUGCCGUUCAUAUCGUGUGAGCAACAGAUCCCCUUAAUCACUGCAGAAGAUGUAGACACCAGCUUUGACGCACUCUUUGUCAUCGAACUAGUUUCCAGUUGGAGGUUCAAGAAGUUCCUGAAAACUUGUGCAUAGGUUCUUGAGAAAGGCACUAUAGGGAAGCAAAUUACAAAUACUAUUUCUUUUCCUUUUCCCACUAUGAUGACCACAGCGUAGUAGUCACUUCUAAUUACCCUGCCGCGAAGCCUGUGGCCAAAUUCUCAAUCACAUCGCUAUGUAGAUAAUUCAGCUUCAAUGCAAUAACGUUCUUCAAAUGUUCCCGUCGGUUUAUACAACGAUCAUGUACGCUGUUAUCUUUUUUUGACGCUGUUGAUUGACCGGUCACUAUGCACAAAAGAAGGAAGCGAGCAUUUUUACUAACGUGCGCAGUGCAGCUUGGAUGACAAGGAGGAGAGGCAUGAGUGUCGACACACUGUCUCUUCUGCCCAAACGGUGGAUAACGUUUAGAUGUUUGUCUUUUCUGAUUUUUUUGUUUUGUUUUAUCAUACUGGUGUCAUCAUCAGAGUUACCAGAUCAAUAAGAAAGCUUGUUCUUUGGCAUUGUCUUUUAAAAAUUUAUUUCUUGAACUCCGCCGAGCUUUCUGCAUAACUUGGACGCUAUUUUUUCCUUCGGCUAUAUAAAUCUUGAAAUGAGAAAGGCGAGAAAAUAGCGAUCUCGUCCGGAUACAAGAGUUACGGUACAAGUUGUUACGCGUGCAGGGAAGUGUCGUUAUUACGAAAAUGAAGUCGGCAAGUUUUUUCACCAUACAGUUAUAUAUGGUCACACGUUUACAGCUUCGCCAUUUUCGGGGCAUAAUAAUUCCUCCCUCAAAGACAGGUCUUGGACGCUGCAUGUGGAUUCGGAAAGCUGUUUAGUCCGGUUCUUUUGCAUGUGCUUAGUGCUUCAAAAAAGUUUUAUUUAAAAAAAAAGCACCCAGCGUACAACGCAUAUGACACCUUUACCAUAACUGUAUGCCACGGUACGUACCGGUGGUUAACCACCUCUGGUAUUCGAACAGUAUCGAACCACCCCACUUCAGGCUUUGCACUCUCCUUCUCCAUACGCGCAGGAAAUCAACCCUGAUUUGAUGGUGGCUAAACGCGAGAGCCAAGAUGGUUUAGAAACA